CGGCGCACCAUAAGAGAGCCUCAUCAUAACUGAUUGCCUCAUUGGCACUUUGGCUUAGGAGCGUACCAGGUGGGACACUGGAAUAGGUGGGACAAGUCGUCGCUCUGCAUCAGGGAACAAAAUAUUUCAGUGCGCAUUGCCAGUUGGAGUAACCAAAAUGGCUUUCAACGAGCUGACAUCCAGGGCUGUCCUCUUGUAUGACGAGUGGCUCAAGGAGGCUGACCCCAGGACGGAGGAUUGGUUCCUCAUGUCUUCGCCGCUCCCCCAGACCAUAAUCAUCGCAGCGUACAUUUACUUUGUCACGUCGCUGGGGCCAAAGUGGAUGGAAAACCGCAAACCCUUCCACCUGAAAGAAGUGAUGAUCGUCUACAAUUUCAGCAUAGUGGCGUUCUCCAUCUACAUGUGCUAUGAGUUCCUCAUGUCAGGCUGGGCCACGGGAUACUCGUUCCGCUGUGACCUGGUGGAUUACUCCAGAUCUCCUCAGGCUGUUCGGAUGGCCUGGACCUGCUGGCUGUACUACUUCUCCAAGUUCAUUGAGAUGUUGGACACUGUCUUCUUUGUCCUCCGGAAAAAGAACAGCCAAGUCUCCUUCCUCCACGUUUACCACCACUCCAUCAUGCCUUUCACCUGGUGGUUUGGGGUCAAGUUUGCUGCAGGUGGACUGGGAACCUUCCACGCCCUGCUGAACUGCGUUGUCCAUGUGAUCAUGUAUUCCUACUAUGCCAUGUCUGCCCUGGGCCCCGCCUACCAGAAGUACCUGUGGUGGAAGAAGUACAUGACCACCAUCCAGCUGGUUCAGUUUAUCCUGGUGACCCUCCACAUUGCCCAGUUCUUCUUCAUGGAGGACUGCCACUACCAGCAUCCAGUCUUCCUCUACAUCAUCGGCCUGUACGGGAUGGUCUUCCUCUUCCUCUUCCUCAACUUCUGGUACCACGCCUACACCAAGGGCAAGAGGCUGCCCAGGGCCAUGACGAACGGCACCGCCCUGACGAACGGCCCCGCCCUGAACGGCAGUGCUGUUAAGAAUGGUAGUGCCCUGAAGAACGGUUUCGCCGUGCCCAAUGGAAAGAUGGCCCACAGUUGGGAGGGGUACCAGAAUGGAAACGGGGUUUGCAAACACAAGGAAGUCUGAAUCUGACUUAUCUUUUUAAUUUUUUCAAGUGACAAUCUACCAAGGUGACAUGUCUGAAACUGUACUGGACAUUUAUAGUAGAGUUUUGAUAUUUUAUGAUCAUCUCGGAACAUGUUCCUUGCCAGUGGGUUUUUUUUUUUUUGUUUAAUUCCUGUUUUUAUUAAUUUUCUUUAAAGCCACUGUACCUGAAAUGGGAACCUGUGUAUGUUUGACUUUUUCACCAAAUCCCCUGUUUCACUUGAUAGCAUGUAAACAGCUGGGUCUGAAGUUAUGAUUAUCACUCCAUUUAUGGAAUGUUCUCACCGUUCAUCAGGGCACUGGCUGGAUGUGUUUGGUUGUGUUUUGCAGCUGAAAUGGGUGGGGAGAGGGGAGGGGAGGGGAGGGGAGGGGGGGGGCAUUGAGCAUGUCGUCGCAGAAAUCAGAACUGAGUAAUGAAACCGAUCGCAGAGUGAUGAAAGUAAAACGUAGUCUCCGUCACGGGCACAUGAACACUCUCCUGCUCUCGUACCGUGUGUGGGGGGGGGAUGUGGAGGGCCCAAAAAGAUGGACCGGAGUCCUGUCGCGGAAUGGCGGCUCUACGUUUUGCUGAGUCGAGUUUCUCCUGUCAUUGCUGUGACCGGUUUUCAUACCAAGCCCUGGCUGUCAACAGAGCUUGGUUGGUGCAUGUACAGAUAGCCUAUAAGUGUAAUAUUCUAUUGUAUAUUUAAAAUAUGUUAAAUCUUGAGUCUGAAAUCUAAAGUGUUAAGGAGCGGUGCCUAAGCAGAAUGAAUCAUCCUCAUAUGCAGUUUUCCUCCUUUUUUUCUCCUGUAAGGAAGCGCCCAUGAACACAGUGCGUAAUGCACAGUGUGAGUGGCUGAGAUAUUUGUGCAUCCAGUGUGAUGGGGGGGGGGGGGGGGAGGAGGAAACUGGCAUGGGAUGGCGUAAGAUCUGUAGUAUUAGGCAAGAUGUGUGUGAUCUCAGAUGGGGUAGUAGUGUAACAUCUGUGACCGUUUUGUUUUAUAUUGAAACCUUCCUGUUUCUGUGUAGUAAUGAAUGUCUCUUUAUUUUAGACAUGAUACCGCAUUCGACAUUGUAAAUAGUGUCAUUUCAAUGUGUUUUUACGUGCCAAAAUAAAUUAUUCCUAUUAAAAACCA